GGGGCAGUAACCGCACUGUACAGCGGAAGUACAUGCGCCACCAAACUCAGAGUAGAAGAAGACGGUCAAGAUGGCGGAACGAGGCUACAGUUUUUCUCUCACCACAUUUAGCCCUUCAGGGAAACUGGUCCAGAUUGAGUAUGCCCUGGCAGCUGUCGCGGCCGGAGCCCCCUCAGUUGGCAUCAAAGCUUCCAAUGGCGUUGUCCUGGCAACAGAGAAGAAACAAAAGUCCAUUCUGUAUGAUGAGCAGAGUGUCCAUAAAGUGGAGCCCAUCACUAAACACAUAGGCAUGGUCUACAGCGGCAUGGGGCCCGACUACAGGGUUUUAGUGCGACGAGCCAGGAAGUUGGCACAGCAAUAUUUCCUAGUCUACCAGGAGCCAAUCCCCACAGGCCAGCUUGUCCAGAGAGUGGCCUCUGUAAUGCAGGAGUACACACAGUCUGGUGGUGUGCGUCCAUUUGGUGUGUCGUUGCUGAUAGCUGGUUGGGAUGAGGACCAUCCCUACCUGUUCCAGUCAGACCCCUCUGGUGCAUAUUUUGCAUGGAAAGCUACAGCAAUGGGAAAGAAUUAUGUUAAUGGAAAAACAUUCCUUGAAAAGAGGUAUAACAAUGAUUUGGAACUUGAAGAUGCCAUCCACACUGCGAUCUUGACAUUGAAGGAGAGUUUUGAAGGUCAGAUGACGGAGGAGAACAUUGAGGUGGGGAUCUGCAAUGAGGCUGGCUUCAAAAGACUCACCCCAGCAGAGGUGAAAGACUACCUGGCAGCAAUUGCGUGAACAGACCCAGCCUGGUGAUGGUGCUCACUGGCCACAUUUCAAGACCAAGACAUAACCGCACAGUAGCCAACAGUAUCAUUACACGUUUUUGGAAUCCACAAACUGUCUACAUUAUCUAAUGCUUGGUUGUUUAUGCAAACAUGGGUGGCCACAUCCUGUAACGUGACUAUAUUGAAAAACAUUAAUUUGAUCUCUCCUACAACCUAAUUGGAAAUGGUUUAUUUUUAAGCAACCAUUGUUCAGCUAAGGUGUUGCCACUCAGGCAUGACAGGUGAUGGCAUCACAUGUCUAUUUGACUUCUUUGUCAAACACACACACUGGCACUGUGAAAUGUGGCAGUUGGCUACUGUGCAUGUGAAAUGUGGGGCUGAAGAGUCAAAUCUUGCCUUUUCCACUGAAUCCUCAAGUUUUCUUUCUGAUUACAACUGCAAAGUCAGUGCUUUUGGUGAAAUGAAACACAUAAGCAUCAGCAUGUAUUUAAAUAACUGUGCUUGACUAUAAACAAAAUUAAAGGUUGUUAUAGAUAAAAGCAUACAUUGGUCUCAUCUGAGAGUGAUUCUGAACAGUUAUAUCUAUGCUGCACUUCAUCUGUGUCUCAAACCACAGAGGGAGCAUGUAAUGAGGACUCAGUGGAAAGCUGUGGGGUUUUACAUUCAGGACGCAGUUGCCUGUACAGCAGUUUUAAACAUACGUUUUUCAGGCUAGGAACAAUUCUAGAGUUUGUACUUUCUCCUCUGUAAUCUGUCACUUAUUCAAAUAAAAUAUGCUGGUUGAUUGUGAA